ACACUCUCUCCCUCUCUCACUAGUGCCAAGCAGAAAAGAAAACGUUUAAGCUCCUCUCCCGUUCCCAGAACUGCAGUCGACCGGCACAGGUCUCGACAACGCGUCAGUCGCGAACCGGUGUCAGAACAGUCAGCAUGCUCCCAUGGGCACCUCCGUAGGCUCCCCAGAGUAAACAACCGAACGCACCGGUGUCACAAAACCUUCGGGAAAAGAUGUCUUCCAUCAAACGACACACCCGUGUGCCUAGCGGUGGCGGGCCAUCGUUCCUCAGCAGUUCCAUCUACACGUCAUCUGGAACGUACAACGGCCCGAGUUACCCAGCAGCGUCACCCUUUCUGUCCCGCUCAAGGCCCCAUCACCAGAGUAACUCGGACCUGAGGUCCAAUCGAAGUCCGACGUUGCCUCGCCGAUUCAGGGAUUCCAGUUGGAGCUCGACGGAGAACCUCUUCAAGGCCAGUGCAUCGGCCUUGUCGUCGACGGCCAACUAUGUCCUCUCAAGCCUCGGUGCGGACUACAGCCGUUGCGAUUCGCCCGUCCGCCCCUACACGCCGCCGCUUAGCUCUGGGGGAAGGCACAGUCCGAUGGGGCCCAGUUACUACAAGUCAGCGCCCGCAUCUUCCUGGUACAAGGACUACCGACCCAUCAUGCGGGAGCGACCGGUGCUCAAGGAUUACAGCAGACCGACCAGGAACUCGAAAGAGAGGAGGGAGUCCAUGGGCAUCAUCACGAGGCACAGGCACGUCGUCAAGUUCAAAGAGAACCCGUCUACGCAUGAGUCCAGUCCUAUCGUGAGCUGGAAUCGUCACGAUAGGUCUGGUGACAGCACUCGUUCCGUUGACUCUGGAAUUGGGAGCUUCAAGGAUGGCCACAUGGGACACAAGCCGGAAGCGGAUGAUGUGCAUUUUGGACUUGACUCGCCGGAUUCCGUUUUGGAUUUGAAGAGUGACGUCGUGUCGUCGGUGGCUAUGGACGCAUUUGUGGAGGAGGAUGUGAUCGAACCGAGUUCCCGUUCUGUGCCUGAAAACCGCGCUAGUACAAGUCUUCGGGGGGAUGGAGCGCACGACGCGGACCUGAUCAACCAAGCUGACCUUGCUACUUCGUCAGUACCUGCUGAACCAAUCGAUAAGUUUCUUCGGUUAGAAGACGAUAAGGUUGUGAUGCACGAUACGAGUAUCGCCGGCGAUCAGUUGAAAACUGUUGAAGAACCGCCUUCAGGCUGUCUUCCUCCAACAAAUAAGAUGGUUGAUUCGAGCGAAGAAGUUGUAGUUGUUAAGAUUAAAAAGCCGAAAUUGAAGACGAACCUCGAAAAGUUGAAAAUCGGCGCUGCUAAAGACACUCAAGUAUUAAUCACUCCCUCCCCUUCUUCUGACGUUUUGUCAAGCCCAAUCAGUCAGAAGUCUCCAGCCUCUGAACCGACCGGAACACCACCAGUCUGUACGCCUGAGGCAGUAAGCAUUCCGACAGCCAAUCAACUUCCGGCGGACGCCACAAAAAAGAGAAAAGUGAACAACAAGAAACAGGAGUCACAGGCUAGGCCCCAAGAAGCGGACACCGGUGUGACUUCACCGCGAAGACGUGUACGACCUCCGACCACACCAGUGACUCCUGGAGAAGAAGGCACUCAUACAGCGUCAACAUUCUUUGGCGCCAAGCUUUUCAGAAAGAGAGAGAGCAAAGAGCCCAAGAGCCCUGUUGAGUCAACGCCUGUCAAGGAUACCGUACCGGUUCCUAAAAGCCCUGUUAAGUUAACGCCUGCCAGAGAUACCGUACCAGUUCCCAAAAACCUCGCCGCAAAAGCACCUGUCAAAGAGGAUGCACGGGAACCUAAGAGCCCUGUUGAUAGUGCAGCUUCCAAAGACUUUGCACAGGGACCCGUGAGUCCCGUUGAGACUACACCUGUCAAAGGUGCGUUGCGAGAGAGAAAGAAGGGCAUCCAGCGGGAGCCUGACAAACAUUUCCAACCCACUGUAAAAGAAAAUUACGAAUUGAUUCAAGUGACGAAAGAAAAAGGCCCCACACAAAACAGUAGUUCUGCUAGCGUGCUAAAUGGGGCAUCGGAUCUACAGAAGUUUGAUGUGGCAUCUAAACCAUCUGUACAGAGAACCUCCAGCGACAGUGUCCUUAAUGACGUCGGUAUAAAACUGGAUAUUCAACCUCCUGAAGUCAGAACCUCAGAUAAAACUGAUAAUGAUGUUAAACCGGUGAAUAAAGUUCACUCGCCUAUUGCCGAGGCUCAGACACCGAAAUCUGCAGAAGACAAAGAAAAGCAAACGGUACCGAUCGUUAAGAAAAAGAAGUCGGUGCAGGGCAUGUUAGAGUUCAAGAGAAAAGAACCGCUAGGUCGCAUUGAGCUAAAGCGGAAGGAACCACAAGGGAGACUCGAGUUCAAGAGCAAAGAGCCGCAGGGAAGGUUAGAGCUCAAGAAGCGACCGCCUGACACAAAGACCGUUGUCGGCGUACCUCAAGAUGUUGCGGAGAAGCACGCUGAAGAGGUUAAAACACAAAAACCGGAGGCCACUCCACCAAGCGCACCAGAGCAGAAGGCGCAAGCGGACACCAAACCGCCAUCGAGCCCCACCGUGCAAAGCACCGUUAAGGGAAAACUGGACAAGGUCCUGAAAAAGCUCAAACCUAGUUCAAGGUCGGCACAAACUCCACUUCAGGAGAGUCAAGUGGUCGAACCGAAAAGUCCGGAUGUUCAAACGUCGGGCGCUGUUCCGAUCAAACCUGCAGAAGCACCGGUCAAACCUGUAAAGAAAGUGAAGAAGAUAAAGAAGGUGUCUAAGGCUAAGAUAAAAAGCUUGGCUUCAGGCAGUGCGACGAAAGCACCGGAAUCGGCGACAGCCCAGACUGAUACAUCCCUCGCUACUGAGCCCGCGUUGCCACCACAAACUGCUGAUGUGGAGACCGCUCCAGUGCCCGCACAGAUCAGUCAAGCGACGACAAACGAGGAUGGCAUUACUGAACACGCAAAUGUCGAAUGCGAAUGCAAGGUCAACUGCCACAAAAAAUGCGAAAAGCACAUGGCAAACCUCUGUGGGGUCAACCAGAAGCUUCUCUCGGAAGUUCUCGCCACAGUCAAAAAAGAUCUUGCGGCCUCCCCGCAGUCCACGGUGUCGAACAAGGCCAGGACGCCGUCGGCCGCCUCCCAGGAAGCGCUGCCCGACGUCGUGCCCCCCUCCGCGCCGCGGAGGUCUUCCACGACGUCCGACUUGGCGGACUCGAGCGAGAAGGCGGCCCGCGAGAACUCCUGGGAGGCCCGCACGGGCUCGGUCGACGGGUCGACCACCAAGGGACCGGAGGAACCGACCGCCCCGACGUCAUCGCCGCGGCCCCCGCUGCCGGGGGCGCGGUCGGCGCCCCAGACGCCCUCGCAGGAGGACCGCGUGAAGUUCCGAAAGUACACGCUCACGGACUUCCACCUGCUCAAGGUCCUCGGCAAGGGGAGCUUCGGAAAGGUCCUCUUGGCGGAGCUGAAGGGUUCCCGGCGCCACUACGCCGUCAAGUGCCUGAAGAAGGACGUGGUCUUGGAGGACGACGACGUGGAGUGCACCCUCAUCGAACGCCGGGUGCUGGCCAUGGGCACGCAGCACCCGUUCCUCUGCAACCUCUUCUGCACCUUCCAGUCGCAGAGUCAUCUUUUCUUCGUCAUGGAGUUCCUGAAUGGCGGAGACCUCAUGUUCCACAUUCAGCAGUCCGGGAGGUUUGAUCAGGACAGGGCAAGGUUCUACGCAGCUGAAAUUGUAUGUGCCCUCAAGUUCCUGCAUAAAAAAGGCAUCGUUUACAGAGACCUGAAGCUGGACAAUGUCCUGCUGGACCGCAAGGGCCACGUGAAAAUCGCAGACUUUGGCAUGUGCAAGUGCGGACUCGGAGACACGGACAAGACGUCCACCUUUUGUGGCACGCCAGACUACAUCGCGCCAGAGAUCAUCCGGGGCCUGCACUACAACCAGUCGGUGGACUGGUGGUCCUUCGGCAUCCUCACGUACGAGAUGCUCAUAGGGCAGUCCCCGUUCAACGGCACCGACGAAGACGAGCUCUUCUGGUCCGUCUGCAACGAGGAAGCCUACUACCCCAGGUUUCUCAGCAGGGAGGCCAAGUCCAUGCUGGUCCUGCUGUUGGACAAGAACCCCGAGAAGCGCCUGGGCAUGGCCGGCUGCUCGGCGGGGGACGUGUGCGACCAGCCCUUCUUCCGGCCCAUCAACUGGGAGAAGCUCGAGAAGAAGGAAGUGGAGCCGCCUUUCAAACCAAAACUGAAAAGCACAGCGGACGUGAGCAACUUCGACAGCGACUUCACCAUGGAGAAGCCCGUGCUGACUCCCGUCGACCCGCAGAUCUUGGCGUCCAUGGACCAGGAGCAGUUCAAGGGCUUCAGCUACACCAACCCCGCCAUGACCGACUGAGCGCCGAUGCUGACAGCGCGUGCAGACCCCGCCAAGGGCCCGCACGUUUGCCGAUUAUCUCAUUUUAUUUUACAUACUUAAUAUUCGUUCACCGAGAUAGGAAGAAUAAAAUACCACAUUCUGAACGAAC